ACUACGUAGUUUGCGUUAUGUAGGUUACAUCGCGCUGCGUUACGUAGAUUACGUAGAUUACCCGCCGUCGCGUUACGCAGGUUGCGCUAAGCGGCUGGCGUCGCCCUGCGCUACGCAGCUUACGUUGCGCUGCGUUACGCAGCUUACGUCCCGGCGGCGGGAGCGGGCCAAGAUGGCGGCGGGGCCCAUCUCGGAGCGGAACCAGGAUGCCACCGUGUACGUGGGGGGCCUGGACGAGAAGGUGAGCGAGCCGCUGCUGUGGGAGCUCUUCCUCCAGGCCGGGCCCGUGGUCAACACCCACAUGCCCAAGGACCGGGUCACCGGGCAGCACCAAGGCUAUGGCUUCGUGGAGUUCCUCAGCGAGGAGGACGCGGAUUACGCCAUUAAGAUCAUGAACAUGAUCAAGCUGUACGGGAAGCCGAUCCGCGUGAACAAAGCCUCGGCCCACAACAAAAACCUGGACGUGGGGGCCAACAUCUUCAUCGGCAACCUGGACCCGGAGAUCGACGAGAAGCUGCUGUACGACACCUUCAGCGCCUUCGGGGUCAUCCUGCAGACGCCCAAAAUCAUGCGGGACCCCGACACGGGCAACUCCAAGGGCUACGCCUUCAUCAACUUCGCCAGCUUCGACGCCUCCGACGCCGCCAUCGAGGCCAUGAACGGACAGUACCUCUGCAACCGCCCCAUCACCGUGUCCUACGCCUUCAAAAAGGAUUCCAAGGGCGAGCGGCACGGCUCGGCCGCCGAGCGCCUCCUGGCAGCCCAGAACCCGCUCUCGCAGGCGGAUCGGCCCCACCAGCUCUUCGCCGACGCCCCCCCUCCGCCGUCCGUCCCCACGCCCGUGGUCACCUCGCUGGGCCCCGGGGUCACCCCUCCAGGCCUCCCGCCCCCAGGAUCGUUCCCUCCGCCGGUGCCUCCCCCCGGCGCGAUGCCCCCCGGCAUGCCUCCUGCCAUGCCACCCCCCCCGAUGCCUCCCGGAGCCGGCGCCCCCGGUCCCCCCUCGGGGGCUGCGCCCAGCGGCGGGCACCCCCCUCACCCUCACCCCUUCCCUCCGGGCGGGAUGCACCACCCAGGAAUGCCCCCGAUGCAGGUGCACCACGGCCCCCCCGGCAUGGGCCAGCACCACCCAGGACCCCCGGGCUCCGGUGGCCAACCCCCGCCUCGGCCCCCGCCUGGCAUGCCGCACCCCGGCCCCCCUCCCAUGGGAAUGCCGCCCCGAGGACCUCAUUUCGGCUCGCCCAUGGGUCACCCCGGCCCCAUGCCGCACCACGGGAUGCGCGGCCCUCCUCCGCUGAUGCCUCCUCACGGCUACAACGGGCCCCCUCGCCCCCCGCCCUACGGCUACCAGAGGGUCCCCCUGCCCCCCCGGCCCGCCCAGAGACCCCCCGGGGUGCCCCCGCGCGGUCCCUUGAGGGGCCCCCUGCCCUAAAGGCAGCGGUGGCAGAAGCUCCCUGCUGGGACUCGGUCCCUCUCUGUCCUCGGACUUCCAUUCCCCCUUGGACCAAGGGAUUUGUGCCCAAGAGGCGCAGCUGGGUCCAUCCCUGCCACCGCUCCCCCCUUUUUUUUUUACUCC